GCUUCCUAUUCCUCCAUUUCUUCCAACCUUGCCCUCUCCGUGCCACAGCAGCGCAAAAUCACCAUCGGUCCAUCGUCGCUCAAAUAACCCAAGCUGGGGCUCUCUUGUUUAGCUUUUCGUCCAGCGCUUUUGCUGCCUGGAUUUGCUUGCCUCGGUCAUUGUCCUAGUUCGCUUUCGGUGCUCGUGCUGCCUUUUGCUUCCAGCUGAAGGCUCCAAGCAGCGGAAACCGUCAACCGUGUUACGAUCUAUUCACACGAUCUAUUCAGUUAAUAUCUGAAUCUUCCCGCGAUGGCGUUUCUUCGGGGGAUCGGGAACGUGCUGAAGAGAUCAGUGACACAAGGCAGCGCGGGGGACGCCUUGUCCGCGUUUCACUCCCCGCAGCCGCACCUAUCGCUGCUUCCCGCGGCGAUGACGCAAGCCGUGCGAUUCAUGUCCGGCAACAAGCUCUUCAUCGGCGGUCUUGCGUGGGAAUCCGACGAGAAGGCGCUAACUGACGCCUUCUCCGCUUACGGAAACGUCGAGGAAGCCAAGGUGAUUCGGGAUCGGUUCACGGGCCGCUCGCGCGGAUUCGGGUUCGUGUCUUUUUCGUCGGACGAGGAGGCUGCUAGCGCGCUGGAGGGCGUCAACGGCAAGGAGCUGAACGGCAGGACAGUGCGCGUGGACUAUGCCUCCAACAGGACUGAGGGCGGGGGAGGCGGCAGGGGAGGAGGCGGCGGCAGGGGGGGCUAUGGUGGCGGCGGUGGUGGGUAUGGUGGCGGCGGGGGCCGGUACAGUGGUGGUGGCGGUGGUGCUGGGUACGGGGGAGGAGGUGGCGGGUACGGAGGGGGGAGGUAUGGGGAGGGGGCGGGGUACCCUGGAGGGGCUCAAGGCGGGUAUGACCAAUAGAGGGGAUGAAGUGUAUUUGGGGAUGUUUCCUUGCUGAGGAUUUGGUUCUUCAGCAUUGUGGAGCAAAUUUGGGUGUGUACUGCUGGAUUAGCCUACCCUAAGUGCCCCUCUAGUUUGUUGGAAGUCAACUAGCCUUCAUACUGGGUUGGUAGGCAUUUGGAGAUAUUUGUACCUUUCCCGUGUCUAAAUUGGCAGCCUAGAUAUGCGCACUUACCCAAAAUAUGCACAAU